AUGGGGCAAAGAGAACACACUUAUGUGCGUCUCAUUGGAAUGACAACAUUUCCCAACCCUGACCGUUGUCUGCGUUGUGUGCAGAAAGCGAACACGAUGGCGUUUCAAAUUUCCAUACCGCUGGCAACCAAAGCGAAGUCAUCCCAUUGCCAUGGGAAGGCAUUGGUCUCCCGAAAACCCCUUUUGAAAACCGAAAGCAGAAGACCCACUGCAGAAAGGUGGCGAUGCAAACUCCCCCAACACUUGCGAACAAUCGCAAAUUCGCUUGGAACGCUGGACGAGCCCCAGGCACGUUAUAUGCGUUUGAUACACUUAGCAGACAGUAUCCCUGCUAUGUCAGACAAUGAAUUGCAUCCGUCCACGCGAGUAUCUGGCUGCACUUCAAUCUCGCAUGUAGAGGUGGUCAUGUCGGACGACCGCACCGUCAAGAUGCGUGGCUUUUCUGAUUCUAUGGUCGCCCGCGGCUUGAUGGCGUUUGUAAUCCUUGGGUUGGACGGAUGCACUGCGGACGAAGUUGCAGCAGUAAUGCCUUUAGAACUACUGGAGGCCUCAGGGCUGCGGGGAUCCGCGGGGCCCUCGCGGAUGAUGGGUCUGACUAGUAUCUUGAGCUAUGUGCAAAACAAAGUUGAGAUGCUACGGUCCGGUGAGAAGAGGGACCACGCUGAGAAGUCGGAAAAACAUCCAAUGGAUGGACGGUGGAGUGGGCGGCAAGGAAAAGACGUUGCGGUGUUAUUAUCUGGUGGCGUAGAUUCCUCUGUCGCGCUUCACCAGAUUCAGGAAUCUGGGGCCCGUCCUCAUGCUUUUUACUUGAAGAUUUGGCUUGAAGACGAACUGGCCCAUUUGGGCUCGUGUCCGUGGGAGGAGGACAUGGAAUAUGCUGCAGCUGUGUGCCAACAAGCUAACGUGAAGCUCACCGACGUACCGUUUCAAAAGGCAUACUGGGACGAGGUCGUGUCCUACACAGUCAGCGAGGCACGAAGGGGGAGGACGCCGAACCCUGACGUAAUGUGCAAUUCGAGAAUUAAGUUUGGUGCGUUUUUCAACCGCAUUGGACGGUAUUACGAUAGAGUUGCCACCGGUCACUAUGCUCGACAAACAGUGAAUCCAGAGACUGGUCUUGCGGAACUGCGAUUGUCCGCAGAUAUGUGGAAGGAUCAGACGUACUUUCUGGCACAUCUUCGCCAGGAGCAGAUUGCAGCUUCUUCGUUCCCACUGGGCAACAUCCCUAAAAAUGAAGUACGGGAGCUUGCGAAAGCCUAUGAUCUGCCCAAUAAGACUCGCAAGGACUCGCAGGGGAUCUGCUUCCUUGGGAAACUGAAGUUUGACGACUUUCUCGGCCAUCACUUGGGGCGAGAGAUGGGGAGCCUAGUCGAGUUUGAAACCGGACGAGAACUCGGACAGCACAAGGGCUUCUGGUUUUUCACUAUUGGUCAGCGACGGGGAAUAGGACUCUCUGGAGGGCCAUGGUACGUUGUAUGCAAGGACGUGGAACGCAAUGUGGUCUACGUAAGCAAAGAGUAUCACAGUGAGAAGCAGCAGCGUACUUGGUUUGAGUUUGAAACACCUCUAUGGAUUGCUGGAGAAUGGCCGAAUGCUCUCGGUUUCAACGGGGCGCAGACAGCAUUGCGAGUGAAGACUAGACAUGGACCGAAAUUCCAUAACGCUGUGGUGACGAGGACAUGGGCGGAGGGAGGCGAGGUGGAGCUUGCCGAGGGUGAUAAAGGACUGGCACCAGGGCAGUUUUCAGCGUUUUAUGAUGAUGAGGAUAGAUGUCUAGGAUCUGCUGUUAUUGCGAAUGAUGUUCAUCUCGCGGAUGCGCCAACAGAUAUCAUUCGGCGCAGGACUUCUGCUGGCAAACUGCAAGGGCAUAUUUAAGAGCAUGUGUGACCAAAUUAAUCAAAAGAUGGGCCUCCUCCAUCGUGUAACGUGGAGUGAUCUAAACACUGCGAGCUUGAGCAGAGCCCGUCUCGCAGAAAG